UUUAUGUCUUUACCCCCCACCCGCAGCCCCAGAUCCAUUAGAAUACACUCACUCACUCUUACACUCACACCCACUACAUUCUCUCUCCUUUCUUUUAUUUUUCUUUCUCAAUCUACUCUUUGUUUGGAAAAUUCAGAUCUGUAUCACCUAUUGAAUUAAUUAAUAAAUCCGAUUUCUGGGUUGUUUACUUUGUUUUUCUAAGGCUAAUAAUAAUAAUAAUAAGCAUGAGUAAAGAAGAAUUCUUGAAGAUUCAGACUUGUGCUCUGAAAGUAAACAUUGAUUGUGAUGGUUGUAAACAAAAAGUGAGAAAAAUCCUUACCAAAAUUGAAGGUGUUUAUAGUGUGAAAAUAGAUUCAGAACAAGGGAAAGUGAUGGUGUCUGGGAAUGUUGAUACACCUACGUUAAUAAAGAAGCUAUCAAAAAGUGGGAAACAUGCAGAGAUAUGGGGGGCUCAUCAAAAACAACCACAAAUAAAUGAUUUAUUGAAGAAUAUGCAGAUUAAUGGCGGUAAAUCAGGUGGUGGUGGUAAAAAUAAUAAAAAUCAGCCACCCCCGAAAGGAGGUGGAAAUCACCCAAAACAAGUGCAACAGCAAAAGGGCGAUGGCGGUGGAGGUGGGUUGCAAAACCUUCAACAGCUGCAACAACUUCAGCAGUUGAAAGGGUUUCAAGAUAUGAAGUUGGCUCCUCAGUUCAAGGAUAUGAAGCUGCCGAAUUUUGGUGGUGGGGGAGGGAAGGAUGGGCAGAAAUCGGUGAAGUUUGAUGUGCCCGAGAGUGAUGAUGAUUAUGAUGAUGAGUUUGAUGAUGAUGAUGAUGAGGAUGAUUAUGACGAUGAUGAGUUUGAUGAUGAUGAUGAGUUUGAUGACGAUGAGUUGGAUGAUAUUCUAGUUAAGAAGCCCGGUGGUGGUGGUUCGCAGCUGGGUAAUGUGAUGAUGGACCCUCGGUUUAUGAAAGGCGGACAAAUGCCACAGCAAAUGAUGAAGGGUGGACAGGUCGCACCACAGUUUGUGAAAAGUGGACAGAUGCCACAACAAAUGAUGAAGGCAGCUGGUCCUCAAAUAGGAAGUAGUGGAGGAGAUGGCGGAAAGAAAGGAGGUGGAGGCGGUGGGAAUAUCCCGGUACAGAUGAAUGGUGUUGGAAAGAAAGGAGGUGGAGGUGCAAACAAUAAUGGAGGUUAUAAUCAAAAUCAUAGUGGUGCUCCUGGUGGUGGUCAACAUAAGAAUGGUGGUGGUCAAGGUCAAAAUAAAGGCGGUGGUGGAAGCGGUCACAUGACUGGUGUACAUGGGAUGCAAAACAUGAUGAGUAUGCGUGGAGGUGGAGGUGGAGGUGGUAUGGGGCCCAUGGGUCAUAUGGGUGCGGUUGAAGGACUUCCUGCUGGUGGACCAAUGGGUGGUGGUGGUGGCAAUAAUGUUUAUUUUCAAGGUGCAGGACCCGAAGCGAUGGCAGGAAAUCCGUACUACCAGCAGCAAUUAGCGGCUGCAAUGAUGAACCAACAACGAGCAAAUGGUAACGAACGGUUUCAGCCCAUGAUGUAUGCUAGACCACCACCAGAAGUCAAUUAUAUGCAGCCAUUGUAUCCACCUUACCCUUAUCCUCAACCACCACAUGGUGACCCACUGACGCACUAUUUUAGUGACGAGAACACAUCAACAAGUUGCAAUGUUAUGUGAGGAUAAUUGAUAAGUGGCUGCCCACAGUGGUAUAGUGGUGUGAUACCAAACCAAUAUACAAAAAAACCAAGACCAUUUGUGUAAGCAAAUUAGUUAUUUUUGCUGAA